UUCGACACUCGACAUCUACGGCGCCAUCUUCUUCUUCUUCUUCUUCUAGCAUUUACUGCCAGAGAGGGAAACAGAAGUUAGUUUUCCUGAACAGAGGGGAGCCGAGGAGAGUCAAAAGAUGAACGGAGCUAAAGCCCGCAGCGACGCAGCGCCUGUUGCUGAAAAUGUCUCCGGCGGCGGGCACGGCACUGCGGCUCCGGCUCCUCCGCGGGACCGUAAGCCCGGCGGAGGGGUUCUGAAGAGGCUCAAAUCCCGGAGGAGCCAGGUGGAGAGCAGGCCCGUCACGGAGGAGGACCUUCGUACACAGAGCGGACACAUCACGCCGGAGGAUGUGCUAGGACUGCGGGUGGCUACGCGAGGGUACCUCUGUAAACCUGAGGACAAUAUUUAUAAUAUUGACUUUGUACGCUUUAAGAUCAGAGACUUGGAGACUGGCACUGUCUUGUUUGAGAUCGCCAAGCCACCACACACAGAGGAAGACGAGGAAAACAGAGAAGGGGAUGCCAGCGCAGGCCGAUUUGUACGCUACCAGUUCACCCCAGCCUUCCUGCGACUGAGGACUGUGGGAGCUACGGUGGAAUUCACAGUUGGAAAUCGGCCGCUAAACAACUUCCGCAUGAUCGAGAGGCAUUACUUCCGUGAUCACCUGCUGAAGAGCUUCGACUUUGACUUCGGCUUCUGUAUCCCGAACAGCCGCAAUACUUGUGAGCACAUCUAUGAGUUCCCUCAGCUGUCUGAGAGCCUAGUCCGUCAGAUGGUGGAGUGUCCUUAUGAGACCCGGUCAGACAGCUUCUAUUUCGUGGAGAACAGACUGGUCAUGCACAACAAGGCAGACUAUGCUUAUAACGGAGGACAAUGAUAUCGGCCUGCCGGCAUGCAAACACACACACACACACACAUUAACAU